GAAGCUGUCAGUGAUAAUAACUUAGAAUUAGUCAAUGAAAUUCUUGAAGAUAUCACUCCCUUAAUAAAUGUGGAUGAAAACGUGGCAGAACUGGUUGGUAUACUCAAAGAGCCUCACUUCCAGUCACUCUUGGAGGCCCAUGAUAUUGUGGCAUCAAAAUGUUAUGAUUCACCUCCAUCAAGCCCAGAAAUGAAUAAUUCUUCUAUCAAUAAUCAGUUAUUACCAGUAGAUGCCAUUCGUAUUCUUGGUAUUCACAAAAGAGCUGGGGAGCCAUUGGGUGUAACAUUUAGGGUCGAAAAUAAUGAUCUGGUAAUUGCCCGAAUCCUUCAUGGAGGAAUGAUAGAUCGACAAGGUCUGCUUCAUGUGGGAGAUAUCAUUAAAGAAGUCAAUGGUCAUGAGGUUGGAAACAAUCCAAAGGAAUUACAAGAAUUACUGAAAAAUAUUAGUGGAAGUGUCACCCUAAAAAUUUUACCAAGCUAUAGAGAUACUGUAACCCCUCAACAGGUGUUUGUGAAAUGUCAUUUUGAUUAUAAUCCAUACAAUGAUAACCUGAUACCCUGCAAAGAAGCAGGAUUGAAGUUUUCAAAAGGAGAAAUUCUUCAAAUUGUGAACAGAGAAGAUCCAAACUGGUGGCAGGCUAGCCAUGUAAAAGAGGGAGGAAGCGCUGGUCUCAUUCCAAGCCAGUUCCUGGAAGAGAAGAGAAAGGCAUUUGUUAGAAGAGACUGGGACAAUUCAGGACCUUUUUGUGGAACCAUAAGUAGCAAAAAAAAGAAAAAGAUGAUGUAUCUCACAACCAGAAAUGCAGAAUUUGAUCGUCAUGAAAUCCAAAUAUACGAGGAGGUAGCCAAAAUGCCUCCCUUCCAGAGAAAAACAUUGGUAUUGAUAGGAGCUCAAGGUGUGGGACGAAGAAGCUUGAAAAACAGGUUCAUAGUGUUGAAUCCCACUAGAUUUGGAACUACAGUGCCAUUUACUUCACGGAAACCAAGGGAAGAUGAAAAAGAUGGUCAGGCAUAUAAAUUUGUGUCACGGUCUGAGAUGGAAGCAGAUAUUAAAGCUGGAAAAUAUUUGGAACAUGGGGAAUAUGAAGGAAAUCUCUAUGGAACCAAAAUCGAUUCUAUUCUUGAAGUUGUCCAAACUGGACGAACUUGUAUUUUGGAUGUCAACCCACAAGCCCUGAAAGUGCUGAGGACUUCCGAGUUCAUGCCCUAUGUUGUAUUUAUUGCUGCUCCAGAACUAGAGACAUUACGUGCCAUGCACAAGGCAGUGGUGGAUGCUGGUAUCACUACUAAGCUUUUGACGGACUCUGACUUGAAGAAAACAGUGGACGAAAGUGCACGGAUUCAAAGAGCAUACAACCACUAUUUUGAUUUGAUCAUCGUAAACGACAAUCUAGACAAAGCCUUUGAGAAACUACAAACUGCCAUAGAGAAGCUGAGAAUGGAGCCACAGUGGGUCCCAAUCAGCUGGGUUUACUGAUGAUUCAAUAAGGUUCAUAAUGGAAAUAAAACUUUUUAAAAGUAACUGCAACAAAUAAGCCUUCUACUGAGAAAAUACAUGCACAGAUAGAAGAUAUCUGCCAAGUUCAGGCAUUUUUAUUGUGUAGAUUGAAAUACCAGUACACUAUUCUGAAUUUUUAUAUAAAAUGUGGUUGGGAAGGUGUACUAAUAUAUAAUUUAUCUUAAUUUUUCUAACUUUUUAUGGAUAACCUUUCUAUUCAUACCACAUAAAGAAAUGCGUUGAAGCAUUUUGUAUAUGUU